GAUUGCCGAUUAAAAAGUUUACAGUUCAAUAUAAAUAUGUGUGAGAGUGAAGACUAAGUUUGUACUGUUGACUGAAAAUUAUUAAGGCGAGCGAAAAUUGUUCUUCUGUUUACAAACGAGACGACUUAACCUUUUUUUUUUAUAAAUUUCUUCUCAAGCCUAGUACUUUCAAACUGUACAAUCUAUGAGUUACUAUUAUAAUUAAUCUUCACAUACUUGUUUGAAAUGACUCCAAAAGCCGAUGACGUUAAAACAACUUAUUUAGGUUUUGAUUUAAGCACACAAAAGCUUAAAGCAGUACAGUUGUCUUCCAAAUUGGAGGUUAAUGCAUCUGCGGAAGUAAAGUUUGACUCUGACUUGCCUGAAUUUCGUACUAAUGGUGGUGCUAAUUUCGGACUAAGAAAUCAUGAGGUUUUUGUACAACCUGUUAUGUGGGUAAAAGCUAUCGAUAUUGUAUUGGACCGUUUGGUGAUGCAAGGUGCUGAUCUUAGUACCGUGAAGGCGAUAGGAGGCUCUGCUCAGCAACAUGGUUCUUUAUAUUGGUCUCGUCAUGGUGUGCAAACUUUAAAGAACUUAGAUUCCGAUAAGUUCCUUCAUAUUCAAAUAGAUGAUUCCGCUUUUACGUUGAAUCGUACACCAAUUUGGAUGGAUGGUUCAACAGAGAAGCAAUGCAUAGAAAUGGAAACUGCAAUUGGAGGACGUAUGGAGAUGGUUAAAAUCACUGGAUCAAAGUGUUAUGCUCGGUUUACUGGCCCACAAAUUCGUAAAAUUUACCAAGAGCGUUCGCAUGCUUAUGAAGAGACCCAACGCAUUUCUUUGGUUAGCAGUUUUUUAGCUUCGGUAUUUCUAGGCGAUAUUGCACCUAUAGAUUAUGGUGAUGCAUCGGGAAUGAAUCUUUUUGAUAUUAAAGAAAAAAAUUGGUCGAAACCAUGCUUGAACUCCUGUGCUCCUGACCUGGAGGAGCGGUUAGGGGAACCAGUUCCCACUAGCUCCAUAAUUGGAAAUGUUUCUGAUUUCUUCGUGCAACGUUUCGGGUUUCCUGUUGAAUGUAAAGUUACAGCUUUUACGGGUGAUAAUUUAUCAGCGCUUUCUGGAAUGGUAACUGAGCAAAAUAGCUUAGUCAUGUCUUUGGGAACAAGCGAUACAUUAAUGAUGAAUUUAAAAGUGCAGCCUCAUCUUGAAGAAGGACAUGUGCUAUGUCACCCAACCGAAAUUCGUCAAUUUAUGGGUUUGUUAUGUUUUCGAAAUGGAUCUCUGGUACGGGAUUAUUUUAAUAAAACUGAGGUAAAUAGUGAUUGGAAGAAGUUUAAUGAAUUACUUGAUUCCACACCACGUGGAAAUUACGGCAAUAUGGCUUUACAUUUCCAUUCAAUUGAAAUAAUACCUAACGUACAAGGAGUCUUGCGCUGGACUAGAAGUAAUUCGGGGGAAACUUCUGAGACAGCGAAAGGUGUGCAAAAGUUUUUAUCGCCUCAAACUGAAAUUCGUGCCUUGAUUGAGGGACAGAUGUUGCAUAAACGAGCUGUAGCUGCGGACAUGGGAUUUCAUUUCGGCAGCGAUACAAAAAUAAUAGCUACAGGGGGCGCUUCUGUAAAUAAAUCGAUUUUACAAGUUGUUUCGGAUGUUUUCAAUGCUCCAGUUUUUGUGCAGAAUGAGAGUGAAGCGGCUUUAUUUGGUGCGGCUUACCGGGCAAAAUAUUCUCUCUAUUUAAAUUCAAUUAAAACAUCCAAUGAUAUAAGUAACGGAAAUAUCAACACAGAGAAUUCAACAUUAACACCGCUAAGCUAUCAUGAUUAUAUUAUGCAAUUUAUUCCAAAUCUUUUAAAAUUAAUUUGUGAACCCAGCAAAGAUUGUGAACAAAUCUAUGCACCUAUGCUAGAGCGGUAUCGCAAAAUGGCAGUAGUUUUGGCACAAAAUUGAACGUACUUCAGUAGAUGUAUAGAAAACAUUCCCAUUGGUAAUUAUUUUAAAUACCAAAAAAUAUCCAAACUUACAUAAUUGUAAUAUUAUAAAAAUACUAAUUGUUCCUUAAACUUUUCUUUAAUUUUAAUAUAUUAAUGUACAAGCAUGUUUUUUAUUCGGAAUUGAAAAUAUAUUAAGAUAAAAUUAUUCUCAAUAACA